AUGGAAGUGCCUGAUGCAGGACAUGAAGAAGAAUGUCCUGAUUCAUCAUCCGAAUUAUUUCAUCCAUCCAUUGCAAAGUUCCCAAAGAAAAUGACAGAACUUUUAUUACUUGGGAAAACUCCACAGGCUGAGAAAUCUGUAGAUGAAUUUAUGGAUGAAAUACCAAUACUUGGCAGGAAAAAACGACGUGGAGGUCGCAGACGGAUGAAUGAACUGAGCAAAGAACAUAGAGUUAUUAUGGGAAGAAUAAAUAUGUUAUAUGCAAAGAAAGAUUUUGAUGCUGCUUGGAAUUUAUGCGAAGAAUUAAUUCAAAAAGGUACCAGGCAACUGUGUAUCAACUGUAUCUUACGGGCAACAAUUUUACAAAAUUUCUGCAAGUAACAAGAGUGGAUUUUAACACAAAUUUUUAACAUAUUAAUAAGUUACAAUACGUAUUAGCAAACUCGUGCAUGCUUGCGUUGAAAUGAGCUGUUUUUGCAAGUUGUGGCAAUUUUGUUGCUCCGAUUACUUCUCCAUGGAGUGCUUGUGAUGGCGUUUGAUAAUUAUGCAUAAGAGUAUAUGCAUAAAUUGAGUAUGCAUAUUAAUUGAUGCAUAAGAGUAUGCAUAAAUUGUUGUCUCUUUCACCCUUUUUCACGCGGACCUUUUUAAGAAUUAAGUUGAGUCGGUAUGUAAUUCUUCAGAAAACAUCCUUCAUUUGGACGAAGCCUUUCUGAAGGACGAAGCAACUUUAUUGUUCUCAACACAAAAACAAUUGUUAUGGUCCAGACACACCGGACGCGAUUCGCGAUUUUUUGAUUUUCACUGACCGAUAACUUUGAUCCUAGUUUGAAUUUUCCAAAUUUUUAGAAGCCCUAUAACAUUUUGAGUUAUUUGGUCUACAUAUCUUUCAAAAUUUGCUCUCAUUGGCUGUUUUAUUAACUUUCAAAAACUAAAAAAUCGCGUCUCGUUGCCAAAUCGCGUCCGGUCUGUAUGAUGGACCUUAAAAUGGACAUAUCAAAAAUUAGAGUUCCGAAAAGUGACGUUUCAUGUUGCGACCGUCAUCGUAUCCGCUCCGUUAAUUGAAACUGGUUGAAGGAACUUUCUGAUUGGUCAUGUCAACUGCAACAAAUAUUACCUGCCUUCCCUUCAAAACGUACAACCGUUUGCAAGAGGCAACUUUUCGUUAAACAACGAGUGCAAACUCUUUUUGAAUGCGAACAUUUGUGUAACAUUUGUAAAUGUAUUUUAUCAACACUUUGUAGCGGCCAUCUUGGAUUGUCUUUGUUCUAUAGGGACCAUUACGUCACUGUAAGCUAAUUCGUCGCUAAUUACCCUUUCUCACGCCGCCAUCUUUGGGUGGCACUUCAGCCGAAGUCUGCGAGAUAAGUCCACAUAACAGUGACUUUUUAUAAUUUUUUGGACGAAUGAUGAUAAAUUUGCUUUGUAAAUGGUUAGUUUAUUUUGAAAAAUUGCUUUGCACAUUGUUUCAAUUGUCUGCAUUGGUUAACAAGAAUUAGAUGCCACCCAAAAAUGGCGGAUAUUCGUCAUCGUGAGAAAGGCUAAUUGGCCAGAUACUAACACAGUUGCAAAAAUCACAAUAAGAAAUGUGAGUAUAGUCACUAUGGCUGGGCGUCAAACUUGGUCGGUUAUUAAUUAUUGACGUACACUAUUUUGGAGUCAUGGUUGGUGAAUUCACUACAUAAUGUUUUUAUUUCAGCUCCUCGUUGUCCUGAACCAUUUCAAACCCUUGCAUUCAUUUGUGAAGAAAAGAAUGACCCAGAAAAAGCCCACCAGGUGUUGUAUUAAUUUCGCAGUCAAAUGUUUAGGAAGCAAUGAGCGAUAAAUUCCAGGCUAUACUACCUUGUCUGACUACUGUAACCUCCUCCGCAGGCAUCUCGUAGUUCACCUGUGUUGCUUGGGUUUAGAAAUUUGAGGGUUUUUUCCCGCAACCAGAUUCUGCCCGCCAAUCUAAAGGUGAUGCCUGCGGAAGAGGCUAAGACUACUGUAUGAACCUUAAAUGUAGACUAUGGUGAAGUUUUUUUUUUUAAAGCGUUGUCAUCUUGCAUGAUCCAACAGCUUUUAACAAAAACUGUGUCUUCCAAGCAUAUUUAUGCCAUCACACAGUUCAAUGAAAUUGAUCUGAGAAUAGCUUACAUGCUGGGCAAUUUUACUAGCUGUAAUGGGUAUUUCUCGCCAAGUGAGAUACUGUACCUUUACGGCUCAUAUGCAUAUGAACUUUUGGGGUUUCUUGUUGUUUUCAAAACAAUACAUACACCACAUUCUCCAAAGUUUCGGUGGACAGUCACAUGUCCGUAUUGUUAAUCCCUCCUAUACUUGUUUACUUGUGUGACAUAUUUACCAUACGUUUUAGUACAAGUUAAUUGCUGCUCAUUUGGGAGCUGUUGAUUGUGAGGAAUGGAUUGAACUAGGUCAGAUAUCCAUGAAGAAAGGAAACUCACAGGAAGCUCUGAUAUGUUUUGCUGAAGGUCUGUUUAUUAGAAAAACCAUAUAUAGGUUUGAUACUGUAGAGGUCAUUGAACAAAAAGAAGAAUGAGUUUUUUAUGGUCCUUGGAAUACGUGUUUGUGGGCUUAUGUGUAUGAUGCACCUAAUAACGAUUUAGAGCUUCGUUUGGAACGAAUUGUAUAUUUCGCUACAUACACUGUCACUCGCAUCCAAAUUUCAGAAACGUAAUGCAUGUUUUGAUGUUGAUAGACCAAGGACCCGGAAAAGAUUUUGUUCUAAGUGUCGUCACAGAAUAGGAACAUAAGGUGUCGUUCUUGUUUUUUAAAUUGUUGUUCCUAAAAGUUCAUUUUAGCGAAUUUUAAUUACAGAGUACAGUAUAUACUGUACAUGUAUAAUGAGGACUUUGUUUGUCCUGUUUUCUGAGCCUUCAAUUGUUAUAGUUGUAAAAUUAAUUAAUUUUAAAAAACUCAUAAAAUACAGUUAUAUUUUCCUACGCUAGACUUCAUCGUGUUUCUGCUAAGGUCACCACUCAUAAAAUGACAGUAGUUUAUCAAUAAUGCAGAAAUAACUCUUUAAGAUAAUAACUUUUUCAAGUGACUCAUGCAUGUGCUAAAUACUAGCUGUUGUAUAUGGCAUGGUUUCUUUCUAACCUGUAGUCACAUAUUGUAGUUUUCUCGAAUUCUUGCUUUAAAUGGGUUUUCUCUUCAAAUCAAUUUUAGCAAGUAAGAAAGAUCCUACUAAUGUCGAUAUCCUCAUGACAAAAGCUUCAAUUUACGAAAAUCUGAAACAACCGAAGAAAAAAAUGGAAGUGUACGAGAAUAUACUAAAGGUAAUAAUGUCAUGCAUUGUGUUGACUUUAUACAUAAGAAAUACAAUAGAGCUAUUAAUGAGCACAUACUGUAACCUUUCCUGAAUGUAUAAACUCGGUGUAAAUUUACAUAGUCAUUGUUCAGUAGCUAUUUAAGGCUCCAAAAGUGAGGAAGGUUGCAGUUAGCGUCCGAAAAUUUAAGUAUAUUUUAACCUUUUUAAUUUAAGUAAGAGUUAUAAAUCGAGAACGCGGGAUAUAAGUCAUAUAUUUACCCGAGGCGCCGCCGUCGGACUCCUCAUUGAUAGUCGGACGCAUCAUUCAUCUGCGUUCAGGCCUCCGCGCGUUAUCGAUGGAUCCCUUCGUACCCUGCGUAACCCACUGGUGCACCAUAAAUAGUAAUAUACAGGCCGUUCGAGCCCCUUUUUUGUGGUGGUGUGUGGUGGUGGUGUGUGGUGGUGGUGUGUGGUGGUGGGGUGUGGUGGUGGGGUGUGGUGGUUGUGGUGGUGGUGGUGUUGUUGGUGGUGUGUGGUGGUGGUGUGUGGUGGUGGUGGUGGUGUGUGGUGGUGGUGUGUGGUGGUGGUGUGUGGUGGCGCAUUAUCAUUAGCAUAGAAUGAGGGCCAGUGAGGUGGUGGAUCUCAUGUGGGGUUUGUUCACUUAAUAUAUGCAAUGGAUAUUAUUACGGGCGGUCGUGAGCAUGUUCAGGCGAACAGUCACUGUUUUCGCUGAGCUCAGCACUUUUCGCGUUUUAAUUAGCGUCCCAUGUUAGCAUAGCUACAAAUUGUCAAAACAUUUGAUCUAAGUAGCCUCCUCCGCAGGCAUCUCGUAAUUGUUUAUCUCUGUUUAUCUCUUAUCUCACAAGAUUUCAGUUUUAAAAUACAUUUAUUAGUACGGUCUACUGCUAAGAGCAUAACGUUUGGGUGUUUUUGGGUUUUUUUUUAAUUUCUCAUACUCUUGUCUCUCUUCAGGGGAUAACCUUGCAACAUCUUCAUGCUUCAUUGGAAUAUAUUUUGGCCUUUCGUUUAGUAAAAAACGUUCAUACCGCUCUCUUUCCUUUGGUUUCAUCAUAGCCAAGUCACUUUCUUUCCAAUCAGCAGAGUCUACCCAAUUGUGAAAACGUUGCGCUUGAGUUUUGGUCGUUCCUCUUCUGUUGGUGGUGGCGUAAGGAAAUUAGGUUUAGGAGUGGCAGGCACUGGUGGUGGUAUUUUCGCUGGUACAGGAGUAGGAAGCACUUGUGGUUGUGGUUGUAUCUCAGCAGAUACGGGAGUAGGAGUUCUCUGAACAGAAGCUUCGUGAUAGUGAACCGGGACAUCCAUCUUAUUUUUGAAUGUGAGAAACCGAUUUAGUUGAUCAGAGUAAAGCUUGCUUUUUUCCGCCACAGAAAGUUGUGGCGCUUCCAUGAUUUCUUUCAUUCUCUGUUCGGUAUCAUACAUUGUAUGAUCAAGUAGCGGUUGACGAUACGACUGUUUUUGUAAAAACUUUGCAAUCUCGCUGGGAAGUACGUUGGUCUAAGUCGUUGUUGAUCGUCUGUUGUUGGUUUUAAAUCCAACAUCAAGUACCCAUGACGUCGACUCGUGGCAUGUUCAUAAGUGAAACUCCUCAUAGACUCUUGCACUCGCCCGGGAUUUAUUUGCCUGGCAAGCAUAGAAAUUUGCUGUUUAUCUCUUGGUGAUUUGAACAACACGAUAUAAUGAGCGUUAAGGCUGAUAUUUCUCAUUUCUUUGCCCUGGUGAAAUAUGUUUUGGACAAUAUAGAUGAUAGACAAAUUUCGAUGAUGGCUUCCUUUCGUAAAAAGAUCAGCAAUACGUUUAUCUUUACCAGAUUGAGCCUUAAGGUCGUCCAAUACGAUCAAAUUCCGUUGAGAUACGUCCAAGUAAUCUGCGUUGUCGAUAUCGUCGGGGAUACCUUCAUUAAACUCGAUUCCAGGCAUCGUCCUCAUCAUAUCAAAAUAGGAGGGUUGCCAUUGACCAUAACACCAGAUGAUACGUUGAGGCGGUGGACUUAUAGUUUUCUGUGAAUUCUCCAAAAGAGUUUUCACCCACACAGUCUUGCCGCUUUGUGUACACCCAGCUACGAUGCACGUGAAAGGGUGUUGCAUGACUGUAACUCCAUUCACCGUAAGAAUUUGUUGCCCAACAUUACGAUUUCCAUAUGCAUGGACAACCUUCUUCUGGCGAAGGAGAUUACUCGCAUUUGCAAACGUUUUACCGCAGAUGUCGCAUUCAUAAGACAUGUUUACUUCUCAAGAGUAAAAUGAUUUAAAGCAAGGGUGAAGAGGUAUAUUUAUCCCGUUGGCUAUUGUCAUGACUAUGAAGACUGUGGUGAUGACUAUUAAGACUACAUGACUAUCAAGACUAUGGUGAAGACUAUUAAGACUAUGAUGAAGACUAUUAAGACUAUAGUCAUGACUAUUAAGACUAUGGUGAAGACUAUUAAGACUAUAGUCAUGACUAUUAAGACUAUGGUGAAGACUAUUAAGACUUUAGUAUAAAUUUCCAGGUGACUAUUGAUUUUUCUGCAUUCUGAUUGGUCAAGAUUCACUGUCUCUGAAGUGAUAGUCACUGGUCAUGCAGUGACUAUAGCUUUUUUUCUCAAAAUGGCUGCUCGUUUUGCCGUAGUAGGCAGAAGAGGAAAUUGCCAAAAUUAAAGAUAGCAUUCCGAAAAAACCCAAACAAGCUACAAAAUAUGGUUUAAAAAUAUUUAAGGUAAAAUAUUAAGCUUUACGUGCUUUUAUUUGGAAAAAAACUGGCUUAGUCGCAACGCGACACAGUCUGUGUCACAGAGCCGUGUCUGAGAUUUAAAUUUUGUAAACAAACUAUUUACAUUGAAAAUAAAUUUAUUUGAAGUGAAUUUUUAUAAAGUUGUGUGGAUUAUUGUUUGUAAACACCUGGAAAUUUAUACUAAAACAAUUAGUCGCCUCAGGCUCGGUGAUUACAAGCCUAUAUUCACUUCGCCUUCGGCUCAGUGAAUAUAGGCUUGUAAUCACCUCGCCUUCGGCGACUAAUUGUUAAAUAGUCAUGACAAUUAAGACGAUGGUGAAGACUAUUAAGACUAUAGUCAUGACUAUUAAGACUAUAGUCAUGACUAUUAAGACUUUGCUGAAGACUAUUAAGACUAUAGUCAUGACUAUUAAGACUAUAGUCAUGACUAUUAAGACUAUAGUAAAGACUAUUAAGACUAUAGUCUUAAUAGUCUUUACUAUAGUCUUAAUAGUCAUGACUAUAGUCUUGAAGGUCAUGACUAUAGUCUUAAUAGUCUUCACCAUAGUCUUAAUAGUCAUGACUAUAGUCUUAAUAGUCUUCACCAUAGUCUUAAUAGUCAUGACUUUAGUCUUAAUAGUCUUCACCAUAGUCUUAAUAGUCAUGACUAUGGUCUUAAUGUAUUAGAUGUAUUAAUACAUCGUAUCCAUGAUGUUUGAAAGGCAUAGCUUAAGAAAUGGGUAUUCUGCAAUCGCUCCGGAUGAUAUUGCAAUGUUUUUUCAGAAUUAUGGAAUCGAAAACAAUGAAACUUAUAAAGAGUUACAAAAGCAAAGAAAAGAGUUACAAAAAUCAGUUACAAAAGCAAAGAAAAGCAAGUGGGAAUGGCGAAUAUAACUUAAUAAAAUAUGUCGGAUGUCACCACCACACAAGAUACGAAGCCACAAUGUGUCCUGCUCAGAUUUUGACAUCUCAACCAAGCAAUACAAUAUUUUGAAAUCACCAGUGGCGUGCGCAAGACACACUGGGAAGGCGCAUCUAAUAAGAAGAGUAUCCGCUGAAUGUUUUGUUUAAGGGCGCGAGUCAAUGAUGCGUCCGACGAUCAAUGAGGAGUCCGACUGUCUACGGAAAAAAAAUUUGCGGCGCCGCAGGGCCCAAGGGCAAAUAUAUGAUUUAUAUAUCCCAAGUUCGAGGUUUAUAACCGACUUAUUUUCUAGUUGAGGAAGUUUUCGAACAAGAUUUCAUUAAUUUCAAAGACUAUCCAUAAAGAUUUUUCGAGUUUUGUCGACAAGUUUAAUCUAAUUAUUUAUUCACGGGUUAUAACCUGUAUUCAUCCCGCGGUACAUGAAAGAAAACCGACUCAACUAGAAAAUAAUGUAUAUAAUAGAUCAGCUUCAACAAGAAACCAAGUCAUAAUAAGAUUACUAUAGCUGUUCUCCAGCAAGGUUGGGGCGAAGAUAAAAGGGCGUGGGUACAAUAAUGAUUCUCUGUGUGUGCAGUUAGUUUUCCAUUAUUUGUUGACAAUAACGUCAAUAGCAACAACAACGUAAUUAUUAUGCAAUGUAAUAUGUAGUCCGCCAUUUAUAUGCACAUGCUCUCGCUCGUGUCCGUGGGGAGUCUUGAUGACAUCACUACAAUUAAUAUACUACUACGUCACUAUCUUUAGUUUGUUUCCAUGCAUACAUAUAUAUGUUGUUUUUUUCUUUCUUUAGGUUUUGCCAGAUGAUGGAGCAAAAUAUUUUGCUUUUUCUAAGAAUAUGGCUCAGGUUAGAAAAGGCCAUUUUGCUGCAACUUGCAACGCAACUUGUGGCACAAGUCAUGUUAUGUAAAACGAAUUCAUACGGGGGGGGGGGGUACGUUCUGACCUUGCCAUGUUUUCAAAGUCGAUAAACGUAUAUUCGACGAGGUUUAUAUUUUGAAACGGACAAAAUAUUAUGUUUUCAGCUUGCUUAUGUUUUGGAACGGACGAGAUAAUACGUUUACUGAAGCAAAGAAAAUACAGGCUUUACAUACAUUGUUUGAAAGUGUCCUAUUUUUUCGUCUUAGCUAUAUCAUGGUGAAAGUCAAGAUGAGAAAGCAAUCGAAGUGUUGGUUAAAGCAUUUAAAAAAUAUCCAGAUGAGAUAAAGUUUGAAGGUACAUGUAAUAUAUGAAAAUUGUGAUAUGAGCAACACAAGAGAGCUUAGUCCCAGGUUCCGUCUCUUACUUCGCCGUUUAUGAUUGCUGCAUGGAUUAGCAUGCCCGCCGAGAGGAGACGGGGGGAGGGCAGCUCAAAAUUAAAGGGGUACCCAAAGCGAGAAAGGCCGUUUAUUGAUACAAGAUGCUUAACCGAGAAUAUAAACCUCAACUGCGUCAGUGACUCAGUGCUGGAUAAUAUGCAUCUGAUAUAAUAAUGCGUAAUCUAACAAAUCUGUAAAACACAGCUUCUCCCCUGGGAACGUUUUAUGACGUCAUAGGGGCUCCUGGGGAUGUUUUGCCCUGGGCCCCGCGCAACCUCUCGGCGACCCUGUAUAGGUUAGCUUUACGUACCCGUGACUUCCAGGCAGUAUCUAUAUAUAGCUAUGUUCGACGUUCAAGCUGGUUGAAGUUUCCGAAAACGACUAGGCUGGGUUCGAGAGAAAUAUUCACGAAACCGACACCGAGUCAUACUAUACCAUAACAAAUACCAUAAUUUAGCAUAUACCAGGCACGGAUUUUCCGGGGGGGGGACCCCCCAGAAAUUAUUUGCACACACACCCAGAGGCAUUUGGCACCGCCCCCAAACGUUUUUGCACCCCCGCAAAUUAUAUAUAUUUUGAUUUGAUAGUUUCAUAUUUGAUUAUUCCUACUACUAAAUUUGUAAAAUUACCAAUAUUAUGGUCUCAGAUUUCGCCAUGCAGGCCUAGAAAACAAAUUUUGUUGAGCUUUAUUCUUGGCCUUUCCGGGCGUUGCCACCAGGCCCCGGCCAAAGCAAGCAGCAGCCCCCCAGAUAUUUAUCCACACACCCGAACGAAAAUAUGAAAAUCCGUCUCUGGUAUAUACCAUAACAAAACAAGUAUACAAUUUAUAAUAUAAUUUGUACUACAGCUCCUGAACUCCCAUAAUAGUUGUAAACAAAGCAGUAUUUACAAGUUAAUAAUAAUAAUAAUAAUAAUAAUAAUAAUACAUAAUAUUUUAAGAGGAAGUCUAUUUUACUGUACAAGUUGUAUUCUAUAAGGUCAUCUGUUUAAAUUAGAUUAAAAUAAAUAAAAACGAAGAUGUGUGUUUGGCGAAACCCGAACUUCGUUUUGAGAUUUACACCUUGGAAACAGCCUGCAUUUUUAAGGAAAUAAAUAUCAAGAUUUUGUGGGCAUCUCACUCGAUUGAACACCUAAUCUACACAUGGCAGUACCCUAGUAUAUAUACAUGAACUUGCGAUUAGAACUCAACAACAGGCUUCUGUAGCUCAGUUGGUUCGAGCGCUGCACCGGAAUCGCAGGACCGCAGGUUCGAUUCCUGCCAGGGACCUAAAAAGUUGCAUUUUUCGCUUCUGUUCCUGGUUAGGUCUAAUAAAUGUAUAUAAAUUUCCACUCGAUAAUUCCCAUCUACAAUACCCUUCAACUGGAAGUUUUAGGGCCUUUUAAUAAAUUUAACAAAUUUUCAAUUGGCAGGGAUAUUUUCAAGCACUUUAGUCUACUAUCGUUUUUCAGAUUGAGUUUCUUUUUUUUUGGGGGGGGGGAGAACGUCAAAAUAUUUUGUGGUCAGGGAGCGCACAUUCCAAAAUAUUUUGGAGGGGUGUAAAAUAAACGACUUUUACGUGUUUACAUGUUGGAAAGGGGAGUUCCUCGAGGCGCCACAUGCACCAUGGUUGGCGCCGAGCGGGAAAGUUUUGAAACUUUGAAGUCUCUAGAUCGUCGGAAAUGGCAUUUUCAGACUUUAGUUUUGCCAUCAGCUGGCUGUGGAGCACAGAAAGGAAGUUGAUUCAGGCAGUGUAUAAUGACAAUUAGCAAUUCUGUAACCUUACUUAUUAUUUUUAGACACUGUUCAAAAAAUAAAUCUCACGGAAACAAUAAUUUUGCGUAAUGUUUGUACCGGACGAUCGGGACCGACAAAUGGUUCAUUUUGGACAGAUUUUUUUUACUAUUUCUCAAAAUUAUGGGGUGUCACACCCCCCGUAAUGUGCGACCCCGUUUGUGGUACACAUUUCUAGUUCCUCUACGAGAUUUUGUAUCUCAGAAGUGAAACGGUUUUCGACAGCUUUUUGAACAAAAUUGUAUAGAAAAACAGGUUUUUAAUGGAACAUUUACAUUAAAAAAAUCAAAUUGUGAAAAAAAAUCAUUGUGGGGGAAGAUUGAGUUUCAAAACUCAGUUGAAGAUUGAGUAUUCACUACCGUAUACCGGUAAGAGAAAAGUGCUUGAAAAUAUCCCUGAGUUGGCGAUUAUAAUAAUGCACCAGAGAUACCCGAAUUGAAAAAUGGUGCACCACCUUGUUCACCAAAUUAACCCGUUGUGCACUGGACGUGUUGCAACACUUUCAUUCCAUACUAGAGGCUGAAGGCGCGAGCUCGUUGCAUGAAUGUUUGCCUCUGUUUACUAUAUAUACGAGUGCUUCAGAGUGUUUAACUUUAUCAUUUUUCUAGAUGUGAAUAUCCUGUCUGAACUCUACAUGUCACUUCGAAAGUUUCACAAAGCAUUUCAAGUGAGUAUUAAACCUCAGUGAUAUAUUAAGUAAGUUAAAAUGCAAAUCUACAAUCCUGGAAAAAUUAUGUGGAUUAACCCGCACUCGUAAUAAAUAUAUUCAGGUGUUUUUAUAUUCCACCCCCGUUCAAUGUAUAAGAUAAAUCGCAAGCAUUGAAUGCCGUGUUAAGAGGGAAGGAUUAAUUGCAUGCUUUGACAAAGAAAUAAGGCGGGUGAAGCAUAGUUGCACAUGCAUGUGUUCUGUCUGCACAAUUUUGGAGGGAGUGAGGGGGGGGGGGGGGAUUGUGCCCCGAAGGCCAGAUAAAUAUGCGUAAAAAGUGGUGAAACUAUGGAUCUGGACCCCAUUAAAGAGCUUUAAACAUGAAAAUCAAUUUCUUGCCACUGGCCCCAGAUAAGGUCAUACAUACAGUAUCCUUUGGGCAAUGUGGUUCCUUUUUUGCACCACGUACUGUAGUUCGUUGAUUACAUAAGAGCAGUUUUCACUAAAUAGCAGACCAACAGUUUCACAGAAGGUACUGAAAGUCAUAUAUGAAUACAGUAGCAUAUAUCAACAUGGUUUGGUCACGUUAAGGUAUAGGGAAGUAUAAACAUGUCGAGGUUACUGUUACAUUUUUUAUCUGUACUUAAGUCUCAAGUAUAAUUAGUAUUUCUUACCAAUGGCUGACAGUAUAAUGAUGUAAUUUAUCAUCUAGAUAUGUCGUUAUUCCAAUAUAUGUAAAUUAGUCCGAUGCCAUGCAGAUAGUUCCUCAAUCCAAUAUUUGAAGAAUUUCUACGAGUGUCCACACUGUCUUGUUUAGCUUGGUAUAUAAUAAUCGUGCAAACCUGGAUUUUUGUAGGUCAUAUGUCAGUAUUGCAACAUCCAGUUUGUGGAUUCUGAAUAUUGCAAUUCCCUGGUAAAUGCUGCUGAAGUUCUUUCGGAAGAAGAUCUUAUGAAAGACAGACUUUCUGAUUACCCAUUUGAUGUACCAGAAGAACUUCCAGUUGAUAUUAGAGCCAAGAUGUCUGUUUGUCUUAUUCACAGUAAGGCAAAGCCAGAGAAAAUUCAGGUGAGGAAGUUAGUUGCAGUAAUCUCGGUACAGUGCAUUUUGUAAGAAAUUACAACAGGGACAAAGUCUUAAUGAGGGCCUUUUCCCCAUACAGUUCAGUGUACAUUCUUAUUAAGACAAUUCUGUACUGACUUUUAUAAGAUAGGAUGUGGAAAAUGUGAGAGAAUAUGUGAAAGCAGGCAACUUUCUCAACCUCAUCUAAAAAUCUUACUUCACCACUGGGGCAAGCAAAGGGCCUACUGCAUGGGGUAAAUACCGCAGUAUAGUUCUAUACAAUUAGUUAAAAAAUGCGAUGCAAUAAUGGUAGUCAUGCAGCCAUCACUAUAAUGACGUGAUCGAUUACCUUCCCAGCGCAUUUUCUGGCACCAACUUUUUGAAUGACACGUUGCAUGUACGUAGAAAUGUGUGUAUUUGAUCUUUUAAUGCACAACAUUGUUUCAUAUUAACAAAAUGCGACAAAAUUAAAUGGACAAACUACGAGACUGACAUAUUCCCUUCGAUGUCAGCUUUCCACACCAACUGUACAAUGCGUUACUGUCUGUUAUGACCUGUCUGUUAUGUUUUGAGCAUCAAUGAUUUACCUAUAGGAAUUAGGAAUAUGCCUUGUAUUUCGGCACAAAUACCAGCACCAGUCUAUUUGUGUUAUACUUUCAAUGUUUUGUUGGAUUCAACAUUAUCUAGGCAUUUCAUUGAUUUAAAAUCUGUCAGUGAGGGUUUACAGAUACAAUGUACUGAGCCUAUUGGUUGUAGUUUCGUCGUGUUGCUCGUCGUGAUAUUCUGAUAUAUAAUGAUAACAGUAAUAAUUAUCCUGGUAAAGUAAAGUGUAAUUUGAACAAAGUUAAAAAUAGGUACGCUAGGCGUACAUGUAUCUGCGCAAUGGAAUUCCAUGGUUACUAUGAAAUUUCAUUCACAAUUAUUAGUAAACAUUUAUAUUUCGAAGUGACUAUACAGCUAUUUAGGAAACUGCUGGCUAUAUAGUGACUAAGAAAAAAAAGCUAAGUCAGACAAAACAAAACCCGACCGGCGUUUCACUUUCCGCAUGCAGCGCUAUACCGUAUACGCUAUCACAAAGCAACCAUUGUUUAUAAUACAAACUGAAUAUUUAACAGUUAUUCUACGAACUCGAGUCGAAUAUGAGCUGAUAGCCGAUGAGGCGCGUAGCGCCGAAUCGGCUAUCGCUCAUAUUCGACGAGAGUGAGUGGAAUAACUGUUUUAUUAUAUACACAAGGUCUGAAUUCACAGACUUUGCUUUUCGAAUAUUUUCAAUAUUUUUCUAUUUUGUUUAUGUUUUUAUCUUCGCUGUUUCGGCCGAUUAUUUUUUCAAACAUAUAUAUUUUUAACCAUUUUAAAUUUUAAACAUUUAUUUGCUAACCUGAAAACAAUUUGUGGGAGUUUUUUCAUUGUGUUUUUAAUCCUAUGAAGGCAAUAAAAAGCGACAACUUGCCGUUUUCUCGUUUGCAAAACAUCGUAAAUUCAGUUUGGCCGCCAUUUUGUUUUCCUCUACCAGCAGGAUAUGAGCUAAUAUCCUGCUAGUAGAGAACCAAUCAGAUUGCAGAAUACCUCAUAUCCAGACCUUGUGUAUAUAAUAAUAAGAGUUAUGUAUGAAAUGGGUACAAAAUUGCCGAGGUAAAUACUGCACCCACAUUUAUAAAUGUAUGCUAAAUGAAAAAAAUACAUACAAUCUGUAAAGAAAUUUUAUUAACUUUAACUCAGCUUAUGAAGCAAUCCUAUAAUCCUAAGAUGCCCUGUGACUAAUGCACCAUAUAACAAAAUUUUAACGUAACAUAAUAAUUCUGAAUGCUGUGACUAUAUAUAAAAUGUACCAUAUGUAAACAAAAUUUAGACAUCCCAUACUGUCAGUAGUCAGUAUAUAUUAAUUAUUAAUAGACAAUCGAUAUUAUUAAAAAAGCAUGUACGGUUACUCACCUAAAAGCUUUACGAUGUUACUUUGGGCAUCUUCUAAGAUAUAACAAAAAGUCUUUAUCGGAGAAUUUUGACUUAUAUACAUAGCCAGAGCAAAAUAUAAUAUAUUCGUCACUCUAUAGAAAGCCGCCAUCUUUGUUUUACGGCCUGUUCGCAGGCGUACAGCCCUAAUUAGUCGACCUGAGUGUUUAACGCACGAACACACACACCCCCACAACUCGAUAGCAUAGUAUCUAGCGCUCCGCGCAGAUACAAAAAUCGUAAAGUUUUGAUUUCAAGAUACUUACCCUAUUCCCCCGCAUAAGCGCAGCGCCUAUAAGGCGGAUCUUAUGCGAUUUUGGGAAAAAUUUGGAGUAAACAUUGAUGGGUUAUAGGCUAUAAACAUGCGCCUAUAAAAAUUCACUUAUAGGGGAACCCGAUUUUUGUCUCCAACUACGCGCAUGGGGUCUGGGUACGAAAAUUGGCGAAUCCUUUUUAAUAGCGGAGAAAACAACGUUAGUAUAAACGGUAAAUGUAAAUUUAAUAUUUUUUAAAAACUUCCCAAUUUAACAACCUAUUAACGGUAACAAGUGCAAAUUUAGUAUUUUUAAGCAACUUUCCGGUUUAACAUGUGUUCCAAUUUAACUUCGUGUGUGUUUAAUUAAAGUACCUCUGACACAAAAAAUGAUUUUCAGUCUAUUGAAAGUACUCAUAUUCAGAUAUAAGCACAUGUGCCUAUAUCUGCGGGGCGCCUAUAUGCGGGGGAAUAGGGUAUGUAAAUUUAUCUAUAGCCAACAUGCAAUGCAAGGUCACCCAGAAACAGUCAUGUUCAAAGUUGUUUGUUAGAUAUUAAGUAAUACACUCUAGUAAACUGUCCCGUCGAUAUCGAUCAUAUCUGAAAUAAUCUUUAUAGGACGUUAUUUCACCGAUAUUUUUGGAACCCAUUGAAGAGGUUGGAGAUUUGUAUUUGGACAUUGCCGAUGCUUACUGUGAGACUGGUGGGUAGUGAAGUUAUAUUUAUAGAGUCUUCGAUUCUCCUUAUUUGGCACACCCACAUUGACCCACCACUUUCUGAUGGAGUUCAUGACCAUAUCCACACCUAAACGACAUGCAUGCAUGCAUGCCUAUGCAUGGGCACGCCCGAAGCAAGAUCAUAGUUACUAAAGGCAGACCAUUCCUUUCUGAGGGGCAUGCAUGCAUGGAAUUCCAUAGCUAAGACCUUGUGUUAUAAGUGCAAGUGUACAAUAGUUUGGGCGUACCAUAACGUUUGUGGGAAAAUAAUGUAAGACCCUACACAGGUGGAAGAAUAAUGUAAGACCCUGCACAUAUUUAAUUUGUUUGCCAAUUGUCAUCAAGAAUCCAAACACUAAUCUUGUGAUUAUGUGAAGAUAUGGCGACCAUAAUAAUGGUAAAGUAUUUCUUGAAAUGACGAAUUCCUAUUCUAGGCUUGUAUGAAGAAGCUUUAAUUUUGUUGGAUCCUCUGGUGAAAACUGAACAAUUUGGGCAGGUAAAAUACAUGCUGCGGACAUUUUAUUAUAAAACGAUAGACUGUACCACUAAUAUACAUGCAUGUUAACACUGUAAGUUAAUUUUAUUUUAUAUAAGAUAAAGUAAUACUGCGACAAGUUCAGACGUCCAAAUCAGAUUGAAGGUCUAGCUUGCAGUAGAUACAUUUCGGAUUGAUAGGAUCAGAAAAGCGGGUCGGAUACGAAACUGGUUUCGAAUGACCCAUCUUGGAAAAAUAUAAAUCCAUGGUUUCUGAUUCAACUUUCCAGCGCUCUGAUGACUGAGCUAUUGGGGCGUCCGAAUGAAACAGUCUAAAUAUAUAUGCAGUAACACAGUGUAUCUACGACGGACGAGCUUCACAGAUGAUCUGGGGACGAUGUAGGCUAACUUGGAAUGAUAGUGUAUUGCUUAUUGUCCCGAGCAGGGUAGCACUAGUAUAAGUCGGGCUGUUCAAAUGAGGUCGAACCACAUGUUGAAACUUGAAUUUCAGAAUGUUCCAAAUGGGAAUCGAACCCAAAGUGUCUGGUCUUACAGCCUGUCAUUAAGCUGCUUACAAUAUCCACUCUUUCUGAUUUUUUAGUGCCAAUAUCGCUAAGGAAUAAAGUUAUUUUUGUAAAUUUUAGGCUGCCGUUUGGCUGAAGAAAGCAGAAUGUCUGUCAACAUUAGGCAAAGAAGAGGAAGCGGCGGAGGCUUAUUCCUGGGUCGUUUCUCUCGCUCCCACUCAUUCUGAAGCAAGAUUUACACUUUCCACCUUGUAUCAGAGACUGGGCCAUAGCGAAAAGGCACUGAAAGUAUUGGAAGGUAUUCAUUUAGGAAGAGAAAGCAUUUUCUUACAGUCAGUUGACGUUUUAAGAGGCGGUAUAUCGUAACGUUGUAUACCGCAUUAAGAAAUGCCUUCCCUGGAGAAGUGUCUCACAAUCUUUCGUGCAUGGGGUAGUUUUCCUCUAGGGGAAAGGUGUAUGGCUAUUGUGAUGUCUGUUUUUGGGAAGUGUUCCGCUGGGGAAAAGUGCGCGUGGGUUAUUAGAGCCAUGUGUUUCACAUGUAUUCCAUUUAGGGAGCGAUCUGCGUGGUUUCGACACUAGUCAGUUUGACUCACAAAAUUGGCUCCCUCCAUGAGAGAGAUUUCCUCCCUAAGGGAUGUUUACUGUACUUCCACCGCUACAGGCAGUUAACUAAUUCAGAGGCGUGCGCCAAAAUAUUAUGUAGCGAAUCUGUGAAUGGCGCAAGAAAUGCAAGAAAGGCUUCACAGUUUUUCUCUCCUGCAACUGUGUCGAUCAUGAAACGCCUGUGAGAGAGAUAGGAGUAUGUUUAUGGAGAUGGGCCAGCGCAGAUAGCGAAGAUGCUCGAUUUACCACACCAAAUUAUCGUAUUCAUAUGGAACUUCUCAGGUGUUUUGCUCGCCAGUAACGGUAGUAACCCUCAGGUACGAUUAUAAAGGUCAAGAAAAUGUCAUUUACAACACUAUACCGUUGUUGUUUUUGGCACGAUUCCUGUAUAUAUUAUAUAUAUAUAUAUAUAUAUAUAUAUAUAUAUAUAUAUAUAUAUAUAUAUAUAUAUAUAUAUAUAUAUAUAUAUAUAUAUAUAUAUAUAUAUAUAUAUAUAUAUAUAUAUAGCUUAAGGUUUUGGUUUACGAAACACAAACACUAGACUGAAAGUGUUCUUAGACAGAUCUUCGAACCGCUUAGAGAGUCCCUAGGGCUAUUAGCUAUAUUAAACAAAAAAAUGAUUCUCAAUAGCCACGCGCCUCGUUACAACUCUUGUAUGUAGACCUGGAAAAAUUUUGAAUGUUCCUCGGAUCCUGAAUUUGCCUUUUUCAAAUGUUCCUGAAAAGUGCGUUGCUGUACAUUACGCCACCAUGUAUGUACCAACAAAGUAUACUGGAUUUAUGUUACAUGUUUCACAUGAAGGAAGUAUGAUAUAACUAUUUCUUAAGAUUCGCCCAUAACGUAUAUGUAUGAAAAGUUGGAAAUUUUCCUUAAUCUUCUUGCUAUUAAAGGCAAACGUUCCUCAGGAUCCUGAUACCCUAUUUUUUCCCAGGUCUGAUUCUAUGAACAGGGAAGAUUUAUUUUACUAUCUUUUUAGAAAUGCCGAACGACGAUAAAGAUUUGUGGAUUGGAGGCGACAAUGACGAAGAAGUGAGAUCCGAUGUUCAGCCGAAAACAAAACCAAAAAUUAAAUUACUUGCAAUCCAGGUUCGUUCUUUAGAUCAUUUAGAAUUGUCACACUGA